AUGGCUUCGUCGUUUUUGAUGGAGAUUCAAAUACCAAGGCAUGCAAAAAGUGAGGGCUCAGCCAUGGUUCACUUACUUCCCGUUUCACACAACCCUUAUUCAAAAUCCCAUAUUGCGACAAGGUCUACCAAUGUCUCCACUACACCAACCAUUGCCAAAUUCACCUUCCUUAUUUUUCUUUCCUUGGUCACUCUUGCCAUUAUCGUAUUUCUACCGUUCAUACGCAAGGAGCUCACUCGAGGCCCCCAAGCCCCCAUUGUCCAACUUACCGCCUUAUCUGUGCACAAAUUCAACGUCUCCGACAAAAACCUAACUGCCGAAUGGGACGUCAAACUGAAAAUUGCUAACCCUAAUCUUGUCUCUUACAUUUGGUUCAACCGGCUCGAAGGUUUUGUUCUGUAUGAGGACAGACCGCUUGUCGUCAAGCCAGAGAAGCCAUUCGGUCUGCCCAUGAAGACAAAAACCGAACUGCAUCUCAGGCUUAGAAUGGCGAAUUGGGAAGGGGAUCAACCAGCGCUUAAGCAACUGUUGUUGGAGAAGAUGAAGAAAGAUAGAGAAUUGGGGGGUGUGAGAUUUAGUGUUCAAAUGGCCAUCUGGGCGACGUAUAGGAGUGGUUGGUGGUGGUCGGCGCAACAUGUGAUUAUGAAUCUUCAAUGUUUAGAUUUGCAGAUUGGGUUUAAGCCAGGCGCCACGGCUAUAGGUUUUGGGAUUUUGAUGGGUGACGUACCCAGGACGUGCUAUGUUCCCAUGCUAGCUGAGUAA